AUGAAAGCUGUACGGCAGUGGCUUUUCGCCGCUGAGGCUGUCAACGACAAAAAGUCUAUAGUGGAUGAGCCCGAUGUGUAUCCUGUGCAUUCGCUCGAUCGCAUGGCAGAAUACCAAAAGUUCGUGGCAACAGUCAUGUAUUUCAACGACGCGCUUGACGCCGACAUGCUCAACGCGUCUUUGGUGAAGCUACUUGAGACUGGCGACUGGAAAAAAUUAGGAGGCCGGCUGAAGAAAGACGUCAACGGUCGGCUGCAGUUACAUGUGCCGCCUAGGUUUUCUGCUGAGCAGCCAGCAGUUGCAUACACCCACGAAUGCCUGACGGAAAUGAAAAUCAGCGACCACCCCGUAGCAAAAUCGUUACCGACUCACACGCACGUCCCUUCUUUGCAGCCCUUGCCAGAGCGUGGUGCGCUCCGGACGUUGCAAGUUCGCCCAGAUUUUCCUGCGUCAUUGGACGACUUGAUGGCAGAGGACCUGCCUCCGCUCUCAUUACACGUCCAUACAUUUCAAGAUGCAACGGUCGUCGGCCUUUCUUGGCCACACCUUCUGAUGGACGGCGUGGGGCGGUCGGCGUUGAUGAAGAGUUGGUCGCUUGUCAUGGCUGGCCAGGAAGACAAGGUGCCUCCUGUAGCAGGCGCCCACCACGAUGUUCUUUCUGGCUUGCCUGCUGGCGCCAGUGACCAGGACGAGUUCUUUGCCAACAAGGGCCUUUUGCGCGGCGUGCGGCUAGCCAAGGUCCUCCUAUACUGGGGAUGGGCGAAGCUGGCCGGCCCUGGUAAGGUCAUUCGAAGCAUGUACUUGCCAAAAGAAAUAUAUGAUAUGCUGGUGGGCGGUAUUAAAGAACAAGUUUCUCAGGUUCAGGGACAAACUGGCACAAAGCGCUACAUAAGCGAAUCCGACGCCAUCACGGCUUGGGUUACGCGGCAGGUAGCUUUGUCGGAACCCCGACCGAGGCCCGUGACUAUUAUGAGCCUCUUCAACGGACGAUAUGCGCUAAAGCAGCAUCUUAACCCGGAUGCUGUGUACCUGCAGAACAUGGUCCUGAUCAACUAUACAACGUUGUCUGCAGAAGAAGCUCGCGACGCCGUCGCCCCGCUCGCCCUCGCCUGCAAAGCUCAGCUCAGCGAGCAAACUAGCGAGUCCAGAGCUCUCGGUUUUAUACAAUGGAUCAGCAAGCGAGUCGACAAGACCAAGCACACGGUACCUUUAUGCGGCGGCGAAGAUUCUGUUCUGCUCUGCUGCAACUCAUUGAUCAGGGCCGACCUCAUCAGAGAGACGCGCUUCGCUCCUGCGGUGCUGCGUGCCGGAGAGGCUGCGGAAACGAGACGCAACCCUGCUGGCUCAAUGAUAAAUUUCUUUUAUGGCCUUCCAAAUGAGCCGACGCAAUUUAUCAAUGGAUUCAAUAUACUUGGCAAAGAUCACAGCGGCGGAACUUGGUUCGCAGGCAAUCUAGCGCCGCAGGUAUGGGAGGCUCUAGAAUACGAAGUGAAGCAAUUGGGAGAAGGGAAAAGCAGCUCAUAG